CAAACAUGAAGCUGAUUUGGAUCUUCAGUGCCCUCUUCGGGGCUUCCUUGUGCCUGGAAACUUUUGUUGGGCACCAGGUUCUCCGAAUCAUGACGAGAAACGAGGAGGAAGUUAAGAAGUUACAGCUCUUGGAAUCGCUGGAGCACCUUGAGCUUGAUUUCUGGAGAAAUCCCUCCAGCCCUGCCCUCCCUGUGGAUGUGCGAAUCCCCGCUAAUAGCGUCCAAGGAGUCAAAUCCGUCCUGGAGGCCUGUGGGAUUGAGUACUCCAUCCUGAUCGAAGACCUGCAAGUUGUUCUAGAUAAGGAAAAGCAAGAUAUGGCCUGCAGUCAACAAAGAGAUCGCAGCAGCAACCUCUUCAACUAUGGGACUUACCACACUUUAGAUUCUAUUUAUGCAGAACUGGAUCAUCUUGCAUCGGAGUAUAGCAACCUGGUCAGCAAGCUCCAGAUCGGGGAGUCCUAUGAAAAGCGGCCUUUGUACGUGCUCAAGUUCAGCACCGGAGGAAGCCGCCGUCCUGCAAUCUGGAUCGAUGCCGGUAUCCAUUCCCGAGAGUGGGUCACCCAAGCAAGUGCAAUAUGGAUAGCUAAAAAGAUCGCCUCUGACUACGGGAAGGAUCCAUCCAUCACCUCUCUGCUGGACAAAAUGGACGUUUUCCUGCUGGCAGUCACCAACCCUGAUGGAUACGUGUACACUCACACCACGAAUCGCAUGUGGCGAAAGACCCGCUCCAAGAAUCAAGGUAGUCGGUGUGUCGGAGUCGAUCCAAACAGGAACUGGGAUGCAGGUUUUGGAGGUCCUGGAGCCAGCAGUAAUCCCUGUUCUGACUCUUACCACGGGCCCAGUGCCAACUCAGAGGUGGAAGUUAAGUCCGUUGUCGACUUUAUUAAGAAUCAUGGAAACAUCCGGGCCUUCCUCACCCUCCACAGUUACUCGCAGCUCCUGAUGUAUCCCUAUGGCUACAAAUGCACCGAACCGGCAGACUACGCCGAGCUGGAUGCCUUGGGAAAAGCUGCUGCCAGUUCCAUCCGGUCCCUGUACGGCACCACCUUCACAGUGGGGAGCAUUUGCACUACUAUCUACCAAGCCAGUGGAGGCAGCAUUGACUGGAGCUACGAUUACGGCAUCAAAUACUCGUUCGCCUUUGAGCUGCGAGACACGGGUCGCUACGGUUUCCUCCUGCCGGCCAACCAAAUUAUCCCAGCGGCAGAGGAGACCUGGCUGGGUCUGAAAACCAUCAUGGAGCACGUGCGAGACAACUCGUACUGAAAGCAGGGGUGGGAAUCAGCUGCCUGUAGCAGCAAGCUCAUAAUUCCUCUUCCCUCCAGCCGUGAUGAUGCGGCACCCGGCUGAAUAAAACCCCGUGUGCAUCCC